AGGACCAUAUAAAACCAGGCUCUGCUUGCAAGCAAGGCACCUUCUCUUGUGUUGGGAGCACAGAGAGCCUUUCCACCAUGAGCUUCACUGGAAAGUAUGAACUCCAGUCCCAGGAAAACUUUGAGCCCUUUAUGAAAGCCCUCGGGCUUCCUGAUGACCAGAUCCAGAAGGGCAAGGACCUCAAGAGCACCACAGAAAUUGUGCAGAAUGGGAAAAAGUUCAAGGUCACCGUGACCACUGGCUCCAAAGUGCUGACAAAUGAGUUCACCGUUGGGGAGGAGUCUGAGAUUGAGAUGCUGACAGGAGAGAAAGCAAAGGCUACUGUGCAGAUGGAGGGUAACAACAAACUGAUCACAAACGUGAAAGGGAUGAAAUCCGUCACCGAGCUCAACGGAGACACCAUCACCCAUACAAUGACAUUGGGUGACCUCACCUUCAAGAGAAUCAGCAAGAGAGUCUAGAAACCUUGCACAUACCAAUCAUUUUACUGUGUAAAAUGCAUCCAUUAAAAUAAAAUUUUUAUGAAAAACUU